GUUUCGUGAUGCACUUGCCGAUACCGCUAAUAAAAAGGAGGAUGCUCGGCUGUCUGGUCAUGAAUUAUUAGAAACGGACAGAAUAGACGAAAAGACAGGCCAACCAAAAUAUAAGCGCGAAAAAGAAGC